AUGUCAGCGGAAGAAAGGGGCACAGAAUCUCUGGACGAUAUGACAUUGGCAGAAGCAAAACAUGGCAUUGAAGAAUUGCUUAGGGCACUUGUGGAUCUAGAGAUUGCAGUCCGAAGAGCCGGUACAACCUCUCGGGUUAAAAGGGCGGACCGUACGUUCAACAAACGAAAGGAUCAAUACGGUGAACUCUAUCGACAUCUUGGAUUUAUCCUGCGUGUUUCUCAAGCGCCUCAACGCAGCUAUCGUCCAGCUGAACUUCAGUCUACACUUUCUGAAGGGAGUGAGGCUGCAAUCGAGCCUAGACUUGACUUGCUUGAAGCUUCUCAAAAAUCCGAAAACGUGAUGAGCGACCGUCCACCAUCAGGCAGACUAGACCAGAUCGACAUCCACACCCUCCUCACUCAAUUGGCAGAAGAGAAUGUGCCAUUGCGCUUCGAGCAGCAAAUCCUCGUUCAUGCGAACGUACGACGUGCCGACCGUUUUCUGUUUUACAAGAACCGGCAAGAGCAGCUAAGAUCUCGGCGAAUUGCGGAGGGUUCUGAGCAUAUACGCGCUCAUGACCAGCCAUCUCCGACCCAUGUUCCAGAGCCUAUGACCAAAGACGACGAGCAAUUGCACAUGCCAAACCCUGUCACAAACGACACAUCACCCGUUUUGGCAGCUGAACCAAAAGAACCGGCACGAUCACAACAUUCUACGGGAACCACCAACCAGGCAUCAGACUAUGCACCCGAAUCAUCACUGGAAAAAGUGGCCGAGAAUCGUUUUCCCGGAGCUGCAGCAACGACGAUUGCCCUUCGUGCCAGUUAUCCGAAACCUCCAAAAGACAAGGCUCGGUGUCCUUAUUGUAUGAUCCCUUUCUUAGAUGAAGCAGACGACAUGCGUCGGUGGAAGUAA